UACGUAAACAGCAACAGCCUGGCAUUUGCCGUAUGGUUUAAAGCGGUUUUUGCCUUUUAGGUUUACUUUAUCAGAUAAACAAAACUUUGGGGUAUGUAUUCGUUUUGUGUUUAACGUUAUAUGUAUGCGUCACUUUAUUUUUGAAAGUGUUUUAUAUAGAAAAUAGCACCGACGAUUGUUUCAAACUAAGUUCGCUAAACUCAUAUUGUACUCCUGAAAAUGAAAACUAUUUGUUUCCUCUUCGUGUCUUGAUGGUAGUAACUGUCAUGUAAUAUUCGUGAAACCUGAAACCUUUAGUAAAAGAAGCCACAGCAUGUCUCGCAUUUGUAAGAAGAAACCGGCUGUGUGCACAGAUGAACCGCUUUUCAACAGCAAAAUCUGCCAAAGGAUUUCUCUGUUUAGAGAUAUACUGAGUACGGGAUACGGACCUACUGGCAGAUUAAAACAAAUUCAUAACAAUGUUGGUGGGAACGUUCUGACCACAUCAACUUCCACAGUGUUGCUCAAACGCUUAGAUCUGUCUGAUCCUCUUCUCAAACUAAUCUCGACGGCUAUUCAACAUCACACCACACGUUACAGCGACUGUGGGCUAUUUUUGGGGAUUUUCAGUCUCAAACUCAUCGAAAAUACUCAAAAACUUGGCCUCGGGACUGUUGCAGCAGCCAAAAUAUAUAAGCACCUUUUGAAAGAAUGCAACGUGUAUUUGAAAGAUGACAGCUGUAUUUGUAAAGUCCGGGUGGACUUUAGCAGCUGUGAUUCACUGGUUGCACUGGCCACCAGUAUGGUCACAAGCAAACCAGGCUGCAUGUUGAAUAGCAAGGAGACACAACAUAUCAGUUCACUCAUCACACGAGCCUUCCUUUAUUCAAUCCCAUGUGACUCUCCUGAUGUGACUUGUUUUGGCAGGACAGUCACUAUUGGUAUUGAGAGCCAAUCGGUGAGCGAUUCUGCUCUGUUCCCAGGACUGCUGGUGGAUGUCCCUGAGAUGCUUCAACCUGAAGAUCUAAAGAGACUGGGACCUGGCCCAUUUAAGGUGGUGCUUUUUAGCACGUCUUUGGCAGGUGACAUCUCAGAUGUUGGUGAUGUGACAUUGGAGUUGUGUUGCGGUGUGGACCCCGAGUUUGAGCUUCUUCAGCAGCUCCUUAGGAUUGGGGAACACAUUGUUAAGGAUGAUGUGACCUUGUUUGCAUGUCAAAAAGUAGUGCAUCCAGUUCUUCAGCAAUAUUUGAGGGACCAUGCAGUUAUUGUGAUAGAGAGACUCGGACUUGGGAUGAUGGAGCCAUUUGUACAGAUAACUGGUGCUCAGGCUGUUGCCUCCCUGUGCUCUCCAGUCCCUUCUGAAUCUUACGGGGAGGUUCGAGGGUUCAGUUUUCAAUCAUGCGGAUCCAAAGAGCUGCUCCAGAUUCUUCCUUCUAAAGAGAUUGCAUUUAGCAGCAUGGUACUCUGCCACAGAAAUGAAACUAUGCUUGAAGAGCUCAAGAUGACAUGCCAAAGGGCAGAACAUGUUUUGCGACUGACUCUAAGAGAUCCCUACGCCCUGCUCGGAGGAGGCUGUACCGAGACACUGCUGGCCACCUACAUCACACACAUGAAUCAGUCCACAGUCGCAGAAACUGCCACAAUUCUUGGUGUGACUCAAUCUGAGAUCCUUAUGGCAAUGGAUGUUUUUUGCAGCUCUCUGCGAGCAGUGACUCUUUCUUUAGAGCAUGAUGGACACGACUGUCUCAUUGACCUGACAUAUGCUCACCAUUGGGUCUCAGGUAUGGACUCACAUACCAGUGCCAGAAAGACCUGUGGUUGUGGCCUGAUGGAGGACAGAUUCAAACUGGAGAAGACCCAUUUCAAUACAGCUUACUCCACAUUCUCUCCCGUUUCCCCAGAAAACACUCACAAUCGGCCCAAAAUAUUGGAUUCAUUUUCUGCCAAGCUUAAUGCUUUGAAUAUGGCGGUUGAGAUUGCUAAUCUUGUUUUGGAUGUAAAAUACAUCAUCAGGGAUGUAAAUUAAAUUUUGAUGAAAAUGUUUUACACCACACUCAUGAUUUCAAAUGUAUGACACAGAGCUGGUAGCGUAAAGGCACAAUUUCUUAAAGGGGACAUUUCACAAGACUUUUUUAAGAUGUAAAAUAAAUCUUUGGUGUCUCCAGAGUACGUAUAUGAAGUUCUAGCUUAAAAUAGAUAAUUUAUUAUAGCAUGUUAAAAUUGCCACUCUGUAGGUGUGAGCCAAAAAUGUGCUGUUUUGGGGUGUGUCCUUUUAAAUGCAAAUGAGUUGACCUCUGCGCUAAAUGUCAGUGCCGUGUUUGGAUAGUGCAAAUUAAGGGGCGGUAUUAUUCUCUUCUGACAUCACAGGAGAGCCAAAUUUCAAUGACCUAUUUUUUUCACAUAUUGCAGAGAAUGGUUUACCAAAACUAAGUAAUUUUGUUGUUGUUUUUUUUACAUUUUCUUGGUUGAUAGAAGCACUGGCGACCCAAUUAUAGCACUUAAACAUGGAAAAAGUCAGAUGUUCAUUUUUCCCAAUUAAGCCACCAAAACAAAUAAGUGUUUUCAUGUUUUUGUCAUACAUGCAUACAUAGAACAGAAGCUACAUACAUAAGGAAUAAUUGACAAUGGGUCGAUUAAUUAUUUAAAAAUAAUGCAUACCCAAGGUGGUAAUGUGGCACGUCAUGAAGCAGACAUUGGCCGUUAGAUUACAACCUCUAGAGGAAAAGUUGUAAUAAAUAAAUAGGAGUUGAGACUCCCACAGCCGUCAGACCAAAUACAAGAGAAACACCAGGCAAUAUAGUUAAAUAUGUUAUUGUAAUGGACAACAGGCAAUUUUGUUUUUUGUUCAAUAUAGUAAUGAGUAUUACAACUUAAGGGUGACCCCCCUCCCGCGCCCAAAAUAACAAACAAAACAAUUCUAAAAAGGAAAAAAUGGGGAAUAACUAACCUCUGUAGAUGGGAGGAAAGAAAUUACAAAUCCCCUGCCCUAUCUACUCUAAUCGAAAUAUUUUCCAAUAAUUUAAAAGGACUGAAGUAAAUUAUUAUGCUUAUACCACAAACAUUGAUAAGACAUUGCUCUGCUAGUCAUUAGACAUUUAACACGUCAGGUGUGCGUUUUUUGAAAAAUAAUCCAUAGCCAUGGAACAUUUCUAAACCAGUCAGAAUAAAGCAUUCCAAACCCCAAUGGAAAAAUAAAAAAAAAUAAUUCCAUUGUAAUAGAAAUAAAGUUUUUUUAUAUAAAAACAUGACAAAAUACAGUUAUAUUAAAGUAUAUUUUCUCAGUUUAGCAGUUAUUGGCAGAUGGAGGUGAAAGUUUUACUUUGAGUUAUCGCCAUUAUGCCCUUAAAUAUGGCACAGUUCAUAAGGUUGCUCCAGUAGUAGUUAACUUUUGAAAACAUGACUGCAUAGGAUUGUCUAGUGGAUUUUUUUCUCCUUUGAGAACAAGUUCGGACAAGUGUUGUGUUGAUGUACUUCUCAGGAAUCAACACUAGGUGUAGUCUUUGGUUUCGGAGGCUAUGCCAAACAGUGCAAAAAUUCAUUUUUAAGCAUGGUAUGAUGAGGUAUCAGUGAGAUGAAGUUUAGAGCUUUAAUGAGGAUAUCAAAUGUAUUAUGAUUGUUGGCUAUUGUCAUAUAACUGUUAGUAUAC